UAUACACACGGUGGAAGCUCUAUUCCGAAAAUUACCCAAAGGCCAAAGCAAACACACACACACGGACACACCCCUUCCCAAUGGCCAGUGGCGCGACCCCUCCCUACAAACCUUACCGCCACCUGAAAACCCUGACCGCCCACACGCGCGCCGUCUCGUGCGUGAAAUUCUCCAACGACGGCACGCUCCUAGCCUCGGCCUCCUUGGACAAAACCCUAAUCGUGUGGACCGCCCAGUCCCUUUCCCUCGUGCACCGCCUCGUGGGGCACUCGGAGGGCGUGUCCGACCUGGCCUGGUCCUCCGACUCCCACUACAUCUGCUCCGCCUCCGACGACCGCACGCUCCGCAUCUGGGACGCCCGCGCCGCCACGAGCGAGUCGGCGCACGUGAAGACCCUGCGGGGGCAUUCGAACUUGGUCUUCUGCGUGAACUUCAGCCCGCAGUCGAAUCUGAUCGUUUCAGGGUCCUUCGACGAGACGAUUCGGAUAUGGGAGGUGAAGACCGGGAAGUGCCUCCACGCGAUCCGUGCCCACUCCAUGCCCGUCACUUCCGUGCACUUCAACCGGGACGGCUCGCUCAUUGUCUCCUCCAGCCACGACGGCACGUGCAAGAUCUGGGACUCCUCCAAGGCCACCUUGCUCAAGACGCUCAUCGACGACAAGGUCCCCGCCGUAUCCUUCGCUAAGUUCUCACCCAACGGCAAGUUCAUCCUUGUCGCCACGCUCAAUGACUCCCUCAAGUUGUGGAAUUACUCAGUAGGGAAGUUUUUGAAGAUUUACUCGGGGCAUGUGAAUAGGGCUUACUGCUUAACAUCCACAUUUUCUGUCACAAAUGGGAAAUACAUCGUUAGUGGGUCAGAGGAUCGCUGUAUUUAUUUAUGGGAUCUGCAGCAGAAAACCAUGGUUCAGAAAAUUGAAGGCCACACUGAUACUGUCAUUUCUGUUACUUGUCACCCAACUGAGAACAAGAUUGCUUCUGCAGGCCUUGAGGCCGAUAGAACUGUGAGGAUUUGGGUUCAAGAUUCAUGAUUCUUAAUCAAACUGUUCAUUACAACGAGUUGGUGGUGCAAGAUGUUGGUUGUUGCUAUUGUCAUGUUUUUCAAUUUCAUCCUAGCUGCUUUGACCAUAAUUUUACGCCAAGAUCUACUCAGAAAGGGGAUUGCAUCCAUUAAGAAAGUGAUGCUUUAUAAUUUCAUACAUCUAAUAAAUACAAAAGCAGGGUCAGAAUGAGAUACAAGCCAAAUAUUCCAUUUAAUGUGACAAUCUCUUCCAGGGAAUACGAAUAGUAACUGGAAAUGGUCUAGUAGACAACUAGUUCUUCAUGGGCAGCAACAAGGCAACAAUGGAGCAACAAAAACCUGUGGCCUUAACCUCAUAGAGGAGCACUUGAGGUCAUGUGCUCCUCUAUGAGGCUAAAAUCAUGAGAAGCCUGAUUGAUGGAAACCUCAAUUAUCUUGAAAGACAUCCCCAACACUAAUAACAUUCAGUA